CAGUAAUCUGCCUGUUUGCAGCAGAUAGAUUCUCAUUGUUUGUCACUUCCAGUUUCCAGUAAUGGGAAUGAUUACUUGACCAAUAUCUAGCCAGUGUGUGUUAGGGUCCUACAAAAACAUAACCGCUCACUCUGUCUUCUACAGUGAGUUGCACUGCUGGAUUUUUACUUUUGGAAAAGAAACUGAAAGUUCUGUAUGACUGAAGAUCCUUAAAGGAGGGAACUACCACAACUAAUGACAGUUUUUUCAUUCUGGAGUUUAAUUUCUGCUUUCCAAUGACGAGAUGCAUUGUGUUUUGCUGUUGAUCCUCUUGCAUUGCUGCAAGCUGAACGCUCAAGACAAUGUGUUCACCAUCAAUAGCGUUGCACUCCGCGCUGAUCCAUCUGAGCAAGUGAAUAAUGGAGAGUCAGUCACCCUCAAGUGUUCUGCAGACAUAAGCAAGAGGGAACAGUUCCAGCUGAAUUAUACUUUUUCAUUUUUCAAAGAUGGCAAAGCUCUGGUUAAUAACACAUUGCAGCAAGAACUGGCAGAGUAUACAAUCACAAAGGCUAGAUUUUCUGAUUCUGGAAUGUAUGAAUGUGCACUGAAUGUCGAGGGGAAGAAAAAGGUCAGCAAAAGUUUGACUGUUAAAGUAAAAGGAAUAAUGAAGCCUGUUCUUACUGUUCAGAAAACAGAAGUGACAGAAGGUGAAACAGUGUCUUUAUGUUGUAAAGUCCUAGAAGAAGAGCCUCCAUUUUAUUUCACAUUUUAUAAAACCCGCCAGACUCCACCUGGGGUUACACAAGAGUGGCACCGACAAGAAAUUAAAGAAAACUUUGCCAAGCUGGAAUACCCAAUUGAUGCAGGGGACACCAUUUUGUUUUUUGGAUGUAAGGUCCAAAUUAAUUCAGCAAUAGGGUCUGAGAUGUCAGAACUAAGUGACAGAACAAUUGUAACUGUUGUUGAACCAUUUUCCAUUCCCAACAUAACCAUCCAUCCACCACAGAACAUUACAGAAGGAGAUAACAUGCGUGUAGAAUGUACAACUGUCCUACGUCACCACCAGGAUCAAACUGAAAUCAUCAUCCAGAAGAACAAAGUGAUUCUUAAUAGCACAAAGUCUAGACAGUCUGUGAAGUACUCUAAAGUAGCUACAGUGGAAGACAAUGGCAAUUAUACAUGCAAAGUGGAACUUGGGAGCGUGUCCAAAAUCAGCACAGUAAAUGUUGUGGUGGCUGAACUGUUUUCCAAGCCAAUGCUGGUUCAUCACAAAAGAAACUGGGAUGAAAACAGUUUUUUACGAAUUGUGUGUCGAGUUGACAGUUCACUGCCAAUACAUUUCUCAGUCAUGAAGGACAACAGAUUAAUGGCCAACAACAGUGUCUAUAAUGUUACCAAGGUCCGUGUGGCUGAUACUGGAUCCUAUGUUUGUAGGGCUGAGAUAAAAGGGAUUGUCAAGGAGAGUGACCCUGUACAGCUAAAUGUUUUUGCUCCAGUUUCCCAACCAGUCCUUUCCCAAUCAAGUUCUCAAGUAGUGGUGGGGAAGUUAUUCAGUUUGCACUGUUAUUCCAGUCGUGGAACUCUACCCAUACUAUAUACUCUCUACAGAGGAGGCAAACCUAUUAACAGCACAGCGGUUACAGUAAACAGAUCAGCAGAGUUUUGGGUCAAUGCAACUAACGUGCAUGCUCCAGGAGAUUAUGCUUGUAGUGCUGAAAAUGGCCAUUCUGUUCCACAACAAAGUACUGGUUUAAACAUCACCGUGAUAGUUCCAGUUGGUAAUAUUAACAUGACAAGACUUCCAAAUGAAGAUGUGGAAGAUGGCACAGACCUCACACUUUUCUGCACUGUUGGUUCAGGAUCUUAUCCUAUUGAGUUCAACUUUUUUAGAGAAAAUAAUCCAAAAUCCUUGCAUAAGGUAACAGAGAAGAAAAAACGCACAGCUGUUUGGCACAGAGUUGGACUCACAAGCCAAGAUGGAGGGAAGUACUUUUGCAGAGCUGACAACCAAGCAAAAUCACACAUAGACAGCAACAUGAUGAUUGUCAGGGUUGUUCUGGCUUCAUGGAAGAAAUGGCUCAUUGCAAUAAUUAUCGUGCUGAUUCUUCUUGGUGUUACAAUUGCUGCUUCCUGGUGGUACUUCCGCAAGAAGGCAAAGGUUUUUUCCCCUUAUGAAGGUAAAGGCAGUCCAAUGGAGUUGACUAGUUCUACAGCAGCAACCAAUUCAAUGGGUGAGAAGCUGACAUCACAGCAGAAUAAUGAAGGGGAUUUCUAUUAUGGGUCCGUUUAUAAUGAAAAUGGUGAAAAUAACCACAUAAAAUCAAAAGAAGAUAAUCAAGGACCUGACCUUGAGAAUUCAGAGGUGGAAUAUACUGAAGUGGAAGUAUCGGUUCCUGACCCUUACAGAGCUCCUAUAACAGAGAAGACUGAAACAGUUUAUACUGAAAUCAGAAAAGCUUCUAAUGAUGCUGGUGGAAACAGGCAUUCAGUAACAAAUAGAAAGUUCACCUGAUGGGACUUAGAAAAGUACACAACAAAUAUCAGUGAAAACAAGAUGGAGGAUGUUCUACCAGUUCCAAACAUUGUGCAGCAUUUGGUGCUCUCAGAAAUCGCAUUUUGCUUGAGCUGUUGGUAACCCCUGUGGGGUGAACCUAACAUCUAUAAAGUAUUAUUGCUGUUCAGCUGUUGUCACCACUUAAUAUAGUGGUGUACACUCUCCAAAUGUUUGUGCUGUAUUUUUCUUUAAUGCUACUCUAAUCAAUGGACUUGUGUGCAUAUGAUGAAUGUUUGCCACCUCUCUUGUUUUUAAUCGUCCAAACAGUUAUGGAGAGAUGAUAAGCCUGCCAAAAUGUGAAGCCACAUCUGGUCACUUACCUAUGAUUCCUGAGGACUGUGCAAGCCAUUCAGGCAAUUGAUUUAUCAGCAUAAAUGCUGCUGGUAGCAAAACAUCAGAGUUAUUUAUUUUUGCCAGAUGGAGGAGUGUUUUCCACAUAACAUUCUUUCACAUAAGAAAAACAUAAUGUGUUUCAUAGCAUUAACAUUUCAUGUCAUCUAUGGAAUGCUUUGGUGCUACGUGGCUGGGGUGGGUGAGUAAAAAAUGUUGAUUAACUGCCCAUUUUUUGCCCCCAGUGUUCACUUUCUGAAGGUGUAUAAUAAAUAUGUCCUUAAAGGA